GUAGAAUUCCAAGAUGGCGGAAGGGAGCGAACCUCAACCAAACAAUCCGCUAUCAAGGAAAUUAAACAAGAUCUUAGAAACUAGAUUGGACAAUGACAAGGAAAUGGUGGAGGCUUUGAAGGCCUUGUCGACUUUUUUUGUGGACAACAGUUUGCGUUCUCGGCGGAAUUUGCGUGGAGAUAUUGAAAAAAGAAGCUUGGCAAUCAAUGAGAGCUUCGAGGGUGCAUUUAGAGAUGUUAAACAGCAACUGGAUGCUGUGCAUGCAGACAUUGAACAAAUGAGUAGGUGUUGCACAGAAAUGACAAGCAGACUUAAGUCUGCAAGAGACCAAACCUCUGACUUGAUAAGCAAGACUACCACACUUCAAGCUGAAAGUCAGAGAAUACAGAUGAAAGAAACAGUCGCAGAUGCAUUCAUUUCAAGAUUCCAAUUAAAACCGGACGAGGUUCAAGCUCUGAAGGGAACACGGAAUGGACCCAUUUCUGAGACAUUUUUUGAAGCCCUCUCACGGGUUAAAGAAAUUCACAAAGACUGCAAACUUUUGCUGAGGACGAAACAACAAACAGCUGGUUUGCAGAUCAUGGAAGCCAUGGCAUUACAUCUAGAGUCCAGCUACGAGAAGCUUUACAGGUGGAGUCAAGUCAAUAGUAUCGGAAGGUAUGCUUUAGAUGAAUAUGGAACAGCCAGAAGAACUGCGGUGGUGAGAUGCUUCAUUGAUGCACUCACAAGAGGAGGACCUGGUGGAACUCCCAGACCAAUUGAAUUACACUCACAUGAUCCAGUCAGAUAUGUUGGCGAUAUGUUAGCAUGGCUUCAUCAGGCGAUAGCUUCAGAAAAAGAACUUCUCCAUAGUUUACUAAGAAAUUCAUCAUCAACAGACGACAACAUACAAAAAGAAAUCCUUAGUCACAUAACAGAAGGAGUGUGUAGACCAUUUAAGGUACGAGUGGAGCAGGUCAUUGUGUCAGAGCCGGGCGCCGUGAUGCUGUUCAGUUUAGCAAACAUUCUAAAAUUUUAUGGCACAACGAUAGGGAGCCUUAUUGAUGAAGAUGCGUCGGUAACAGUUACCAUUCUUGACAUGAAUGCUCUAGCGUUGAAGAUGUUCUACAACAGUUUAAACUGUCACGCGAGCAAACUGCUAGAAAAGAUUGAACUCCCUCCCCCAGAUCUAAGUCCUACAGAAUCGCUAAGAGAAACGAUGAGUUUACUUAGAGACGUCCUUACAUGUCACGAUGCUUCUGUUAUUCCACUGGAUGCCAGGCAAGCUGAUUAUUCAAGGAUUAUUUCUUGUCUUGUCGACCCACUCAUCCAGAUGUGCUCCAUGUCGGCCAGCCAUCUGAAUGCGUCAGACAUGGCUGCUUACAUGAUAAACUGCAUUCAUCAGAUACAGAGCACGUUGGCGGUGUACGAAUUUACUGAUAAACACAUCGAAAUGCUAGCGGGUCAGACGGAAGCACAUCUAGAUACGUUGAUCAGUGAGCAAGCAUCAUUCAUUCUUGCUCGUUCCGGUGUUGGUAAUCUGUACACUGUUUACCAGGAGAACCGCGGUCAGAGGGUUGCGCUGUCCUCGCUUCAUGGAAUGGAUCCGCAGAGUGUUAAGGACGCCAUGGCCAAAUUCGAUAAAUAUCUCUCGUGUCCCGACAGUCUAGUUAUGCCUCAGUGCAAUCUUUUGAGAACGACAAGACUACGCGAUACCGUCCACAAGCGAGCAGUGGAUGCUGUUUGUGCAACGUACAAGACGCUCUACGACGCUAUUGUGAACGAUAGUAACAAAUACCCGGAUGUUAAAACUUUGGUGCCUCGCACCCCAGAUCAAGUAACUUCGCUCCUGACGUAGCGAAUGAAAAAUUAAUCCUUAUUUUUAACCACGGUGUAAAUAAAUAGAAUAAGGGAAUUUCUUGUUCUCUAAAAUAACCCAAACUCUACAGGUGAGGAAGUUAGAAUUUUAGUUUGAUUGAAAAAGUGAUUAAUCUUCUGGCUGUAUUAAUGACCGGUCCCAGUAUUGCAGUGCACUUUAAUAAACCCUUUUAUUAUUAAGGGUAAGUCAGUAUGUAAAUUCACCUUACAUUGCUCAUACAUUUUCAUACAUAGUGGUAAUGAGAAUAAAGACACAUAUCAAUUAGGGAAUGAUACAAUGAUGUAACAGCAGAUUCUCUGCCUUCAGUUGAGGGAAGAGCUCUCAGAUCUUGGAAGUGAAAAUAGUUAAUUGCUGAGGAGUUUCUUCGAGAGUUUUCUCAAGAAUUUUGUGAAGUGCACGUUACAUUUAGUUGUAAAGCAGAGAAUCUUUGAAAACGACAUUUUAAGAAAAUUAUGAUUGAUAAAAGAACGAAGAACAUAAUAUUACAUUGAACUCUUUUGAACGCGAUCAAAGGAAAAAAGUGAAGAAAAAAUAAAAGGAAAACUUAUUUAAAAUAAAUUAAGGAAACAAGAUUGCACAGCUUGAAAUUUUGAAUAAAUCGUCACGGUAAAAGUGUUUGUAUGCGAUUCUUGUUGUUAUUAAACUUAAACUGUCUUAAAUUA